GCGGAUACGUGCGAUGAGAUUAGAAGGAAGGCGGCAAGGGUGGAGAGGUUCUCAACGGAUACAACAAACCCGGAACAGCAACAUAAAAAAUCCCCCGUCGCUCUGUCUAUCCGGAGCUCUCUGUCUCUCCUCGUCUCUCUCUCUCUCUCUGAGUAGCCGUACUCGGAGAAGGAAUUCGAUUCGACCGUCCACCGGACAACCGCGGCGAGAUAAUCAUGACCGACGGCAUCGCGCCCACGGCGUCCCGCGCAGCGACGCGCAGACAAGUGCCGAGUUGAACGUUUCAGUGCCGACACGUGGCCAGCUGGCGACACCUCCCAAAGAGCAAAAGGGCGAGGACGUUUUUCGAAUGACUGAAAUGCGCCCAACCUCCCCGCGCGGAGCGAAGAUACGCGCCAUCUAGCGGGUCCUGACCGCCCGGCCCUCGCCGCCUGCCCCGCGCCACGUUCCGCGCCCCCCCCCCCACCAACCCCACCCCCGUCCCUCCGGCCAUGGCGUGCGACUCCGAGGAGGACGACGGCAUCGUCGCGUGGCUGCGCAUGAUGCGUCUGGACCAGUACGAGGCGAUCUUCACCUCGCGCGGCUACACGACGCUGCGCGACUGCAGGGGCCUCUCCAAGGAGUUCCUCGCCGACAUGGGCAUCUCCCUGCCGGGCCACCGCAGCCGCAUCCUGAUGCAGCUCAAGCGGACGUUCUCGCACGACGCCCAAGGGGUUGGUGACGGCGGUGGCGGCGGUGGUGGCGGCGGCGGCGGAGUUUUCUCCGAGCCGACGACGCCAGGCGGGGGCGGCCACCCUCCCGAGCAGGACGGAGACGCCGACGCGGCGGUCUCCGCGAGGAGCGCCGACCCGUCGCGGACGCCAGAGUACGAGAACCUGAAGCUGCCGCUGCCGCCGCCGCUGCCGGCGAAGGAGAGGGGGAGGAAGGCGGCCGCGUGCUCCGACUCGCCGCCCGCGGUGGGCCCCGAGGGCCUGCCCGGGUGCGGCGGGGCCGCCGAGGGGCGGCCGGCAGAGAGGCCGGAGCAGAAGGCGGUGCGGACAGACUCUGCGAGCCCCGACACGCCCUCCAAGCUACUUCCAUGCCCGCGCAGGAUGCACAGCGGCCUGCCGCGAUUCAAGAUCCCCGUGUGGUCGCCGGACGAAGCCGACCCCCAGCUGCCCUCCGCGGAUCCGCACCCCGGCGAGCCCUGGCCUGAUGCCGAGGAGGAGAAGGACGAGGAGGAGGAGGACCACCCAUUGGAAAUGAUGGACAACGACAUUUACGAGGAGUUUCAGAAGCCCGAGGAGACGCCUGCCCAGGAGACGAUCAGCCCCAUCCGGCACAGCAAGGCGACUCUGUCCAGGAGCAACGCCCUGCAGAGCCGGCCGCUGCCCAUCCCUUGGCAGAAAAUCAUCAGGAGGCAAUCAGGCAUGGUGAGCGACCGCGUGUACGAGGACAUACCGGACAUCCCAGCUCCACGCGGGGUGCUCUCCUCGCGAGGGAUGGAGGACGAUGGCAACACGUACGAAGAAGUGGAGUACGUGGAGAAGCGGCCCGCGAAGGACCAGCUCCAGCAGCAGCGACAGAGGAAGGCUCCCGUCGCGAUGACGAGGAUCCCCGGCCACCUGACGGACGCAUCGGGAAGCUCCGUGAACGAGACGGGUUACAGCUCCGGCGACGAGGACCGCGUCUACAGCCUGGUCACGGACGUGGAGGGGGCGGCCGAGUCGGACCGCCAUGUCUACUCGACGGGCGACGGCGACGGAAAAAUCGUCCUGGCCCCACGGCCCGUCAGCAGCGGCGGCAUCAAGGCCGGCUGGCUCGACAAGCAAGCGCCGCAGGGGCCGUACCUUUUCCAGAAGCGCUGGGUGAAGAGUGAUGGCCGCUACCUUUACUACUACUCUAACGACAAGGAGGUGUACUCCAAGGGCGUCUUGCCUCUGUCCGCCGUCCAGGAGGUCCUCGCUCAGACAGGAGGAGAUGCCAAAUUCGAGGUGGUGACGCAGACCAGGGCCUUCGUGUUCCGCGCCGACUCGGAGGUGGAGCGCGCCGGCUGGGUGUCGGCCCUGCGCGAGGCCGUCCAGGACCAGCGGUCCCCCGAAGGCGGCGUGGCCUCCAUGCUCCACAGCGCCGGAGUCAUCCCCGGGGAGGCCCUGUGGGGGGAACAGGAGAAACGCGGGACCCUGGAGCUGCGCGGCAAGGCCAAGCUCUACGUCGUUGGCUGCUCUGACCGCCUGUGGCUCUUCAAGAGCGAGCAGGACUUCCGUACCUCGUUGGGUAUCACCUGCAUUGAGAUGAACGUGGCAAACGUGAGGGCGGUGGAGAAGAAGGGCAUUGAUCUCACGACGGCGUUUAGAACAUUCAGCUUCGUGGCGGAGAACGAGCGCGAGCGCGACGAGUGGCUCGAGACGAUGCAGGACGCCAUCGCCACCUCGCUCUCCCACUCCGACGUCGCCGAGCAGAUCUGGGCCAACGAGCACAACCGCCGCUGCGCCGACUGCGGCGCCGCCUGGCCCGACUGGGCCUCCGUCAACCUCUGCGUCGUCAUCUGCAAGCGCUGCGCCGGCGAGCACCGGAAUUUGGGGCAGACGGUGUCCAAAGUGCGCAGCCUCAAGAUGGACAAGAACAUCUGGACCAAGAACCUCAUCGAGCUCUUCCAGGAGCUGGGGAACGCCCAGGUGAACAAGUUCUGGGCGGCGUCGGUGCCGCCGAGCGAGGCCGUGGACCCGAGCUCGGAGGCCGAGCGGCGCCGCGAGUACGUCUUCUCCAAGUACCGCGAGGGCCGCUACCGCUGCUACCACCCGUGCUUCGGCAAUGAGACGGAGCUCAACCAGGCGCUGUGCAGGGCGGUGGUGACCCCCAAUAUGCUGGAGUCGUUGGCGCUCGUGUUCUGCGGAGCGAGCGUGCUGUGCUGCGCGGGCGAGCCGGACGGCGCCACGCCGGUGCAGCUGGCACAGCGAGCGGGACAGCGCCUGCAGACCGAGCUCCUGCUGCAGAACCGCAACUCGACGAUACCCGGAGCCACGGUGCCGUCCUCGUCACCGGCCAUCGUCUCGGGCUACCUCUACAAAACGGCCUCCACGACCAAGGUCCUGGUUGACCGCAAGCCCAAGGAAGAUUUCUGCCGGCGCUGGUGCGUGCUGGAGAACGGAGCGCUCAGCUACUACGAGUCGGAGCGCAGCGCGACGGCGAGCGGCCGCGUCGAGCUGCAGGACCUGGUCAGCCUGGCCGUGAGCGGGGCCCACUCGCACAAUGCGCACGGGAUGGAGCACACCUUUGAGAUCUGCACCAAGAAUGAGAAGCUCUUCCUGUUUGGGUCGGACUGCGCCGCCACGCACAGGGAGUGGGUCCUCGGUCUCCUCAAGGCCCUGCCGUGGCCCGGCGCUGAGGCCCUGUGCCGCCGCGGUUUCGACCGAGUGGGCCCCCUCUUGUGCCGCGACGGCCGAAGCCAGAUCCGCUGGCGGCCGGCCGUGUUCGCGCUGCACGGCGCCUUCCUGCGCUUCCGCACGGUCGUCGCGACGCCGGCCGCCGCGAUCGCCCAGGCCGACGUGGCCUCCCACAGGCCGUCGUCCGGGGUGAUGGGCCGAGCGUCGCCCUCGCAGGAGGGCUUCUACGAGGUUGCCGAAGACGGCGGCGCAGACGACGGCGACUUCGGCGACGACGGUGACGGUGGCGGUGGCGAGGACGGCGGCGGCGACGGUGAUGACCUCGAGGGCACCGAGGUGGUGGUCAACCUGCAGAAGCUCCAGGAGAUCUCUGUACGAAUGUCGGACCACGUCAUCGACAAGUACGAGACGCUCAUCCUGGUGGAGAAACGAAGGAUGCUGUACGUGCAGAGCGACACGCGGCUCAACUUCGCCGCCUGGCGCCUGGCGCUGGAGAACGUGGCGCGGGGAGGGGGCCGCCUGCUGGCCGAGCAGCAGCUGCUGGAGGGAGACGUCCCCGUGGUGCUGGGCCGCUGCAUGGAGUACAUCACGCAGUACGGGCUCACGUCGGAGGGCAUCUACCGCAAGAGUGGCACCAACUCGCGCACGCACGCGCUCCUCGCCGAGUUCUGGCGGGACGCGCGCGCCGUGCGUCUCCGUGAGGGCGAGCACUCAGUGGACGACGUCGCCAACGUCCUCAAGCGCUUCCUGCGCGAGCUGCAGGACGGCGCCGUGCCGGCCGGCGCUCGCCUCGCGUGGACACGAGCCGCCGCGGACAUUCGAGACGAUGGGGAACGGCUGCAGAGGUACAAGGAACUCGUGAAGGAGCUGCCGCACGUGAACCGCGCCACCCUGGCGGCUCUCAUCGAACACCUCUACUGCGUGCAGCUCAACGCCAACUCGAAUCAGAUGUCGGCGCGGAACCUGGGCAUCGUGUUCGGCCCGACGCUCUUCCAGUCGGAGGGCGCGAGCUGCGAGGAGGUUCACGUGGUGGAGGCUCUCAUCAGCAACUACGACAGGGUGUUCGAGGUUGAUGCGGAGCGUUUCCAGAACGUGCUGCGCGUGACCGAACUCAUCAUCAAGGGGUUAACGGUCAAGCCACCUUCCGCUCAGGCUGGGAAUUUGAUCGUCUCGGUUUAUUUUGAGAGGAAGAGCACGGACACCUGCAUCAGCCUCAAGGUGUCGGGGCUCAUGACGGCACAGGAGCUGCUCCUGGAGGUGCUCGACCUCAGGGGGGGACAGCUGCAGCACAAAGACUCUGCGAUGGCCGUGUUCGAGGUGUCUGGGGAGCUGGAGCGGCCGCUGCACUACAAGGAGAGGGUCCUGGAACUUCUGUUCCACCCGGAUCCGCAGGAGAACUACCUCCUGGUGAAGAGGCACCCCGACCUCGACGGGAUGAGGCGCCACCUCGAAGGGCGCGACAAGAAGGAGUGGCAGGGCCCCGUGCGCUUCCGGGAGGAGCGCAGCCUCCACGCUCUGCUCCCGCAGACCGCCAAGUUCAACGAGCGCUUCAUGGCUCUCUGCGCCGGGAGGGUGCUCGUGUUCAAGGACAGGAAGACCAACAAGGCGGAGAGGGAUUGGAGCCUGCAGACGGUGAAGACGUUCCUGGGAAUUCGGAGGAAGCUGAAACCUCCCACGAGUUUCGGGCUGACCCUGGUGCAAGACAAACAGCGGUGGUUUCUGUGCUUCGACAGCCACCAGGAGCAGUGCGACUGCCUGGCUACCAUGCUCAACUUGAAGCACAAGGGCGACGUGUGGCCUCCCGACGGCGACUUCCGCUGCCGCACCUCCUCCACGACCCAGAAGCUUGGCAGCCAGGUUCUCAUCCCCCUGCGGGGCAGCGAUUUGCACCGGCUGACGCUCACCAACAGCAUGGCCUUCAAGGAGCCUGAGAACCCAACUGCGGACGAGGACGACCCCCCCCUGGCCGCACCGUGGCCCCAAGAGAACGGCAAGGCCGCCGCACUCCCCGAGCCCCGCGCGGCCCUCACGCCCCCCUCCCGUCAGGACCAGGUGGCCGCCAGCGCAACCCACGCUCCGCUGCUGCCGCCAUCCUCCCGUCAAGGCCAGGUGGCGGCCUCCCCGGCCCCGUCCCCGCCAACGCCGCCGGGCCUGCGCCCGCAGCACAAGGUGCUCAUGCCGAGCCCGGAGCAGCCGCAGCAGCUCAAGUGUUCGGCGUCGAGCGAGCUGCGCCAGGCGGGCCGGGCCUCGCCGGUGACCCCGGAGCCGGCUCAGCAGGCGCCCCCCACGCCGAAACCGCGGCAGCAGCUCGCGAAGAAGUCGCCGCCCGUGCAGCCGGCGGGCGCGGGGCCAGGACAGAGGCCGGCGGUCGCGACCCAGACGCCCUCUGCGGAGCCGUUCAGCCCCGUGUGGCCUCAGGCCGCGGGGCCGAGGGUGGAGAGACACGUUUCCGUGAAGCUCGACGGUCAGUUUGCGAUCGACCCGGUCACCGCCCAGAAGAAGAACUUGCACUUUAACGUGAUGCACGAGCUGAGCUCGUUCCUCAAGCAGGCCGUGGAGCUGGAGAACGUGGAGAGCAGCGAGGCGUGACGGCGCCGUCCGCGCCCAAGCGGCGGGUCCGUACCUCGGCUCCCUCUGCCUUGUUGUGUUUUUUUCUUCAACGAUCCGGCUUCGUCCUCUUCACCUCACAGCACCGCCCUCGGCACUGCGCGGCUCUUGAGACGUCGCGAGGCAACGACGCCUCGAGGUGGCUUCCCCACGCCGCCCUCGGCGGCCGUCGUCUGGUCGUCCAAGCGACGCCAUUGCAGGACACAUUCGAACGUCGAAGCCCAGGACAAUGAAAGUGUGGCCCCACGGCCUUUUUCUUGCGGAAGCAGUCAGCGGCGUUGUUCUCCCGUCGGAUGCGUUGCGAGGUAUUUUGUUCCAAUGCUGCGGGUGUGCAUGUCAAGACACUGUUGUGCACCGGAACAAAAAGCACGCGUCGCUUCUGUGCAGCAGAACGGCAGCAAGCGAUGCAUUUUUGUACGAGAAAAAAAUAACAUGCAGUGCUGUCACAAUAGCGGUGUCCGUUGCAGAUGCACCUCCAGCGGUGGGGGGUUCAAGCAGACCCCGGUUAAUGCUGCAGUGCUGUGAAGUUUCCUCCGCAUUGCGUGGCGUUCGAUAUCGUGCCUUGACUCUCCGCGGUUAGUUAACGUGACCAUACUUCGCCGUGCAGGUCACCGUGGAUUAUGUAAAGGUAGUGCGGGGCCCACGGAGAAACGUCGCCCACUCGCCUGUUUUAGGUGCACGCAAAAAAAGACAAAGAAUCCCCCCUCCCCCGCACACAGCCACGUGGCAUAAUUAUAGAGUGUGAGGGCAAAGUGCUGUUAGCGAGCACCUGCUAAGGGCCGGCACGUCGCACGAGGCAUUGAGCGUGGCCAGUGUCACGCCCGGCCCACCGUAGUCCGCCCCGCGCUGACGUUCGCGCGCUCCAUCACCGUCCACCGAUGUUACCCGUGGCCAGUCAAUCGAAGGUCGUCGGGUGUGUAACACCGCAGUGCCCCUCCCCACCACUGCGCCACCACUCCACUCGUCAAUUUAUUAAGAGAAAUAACACCGACGCCGCUGCUGCUGCAUGGAACUUGCCCAUCUCUCCCUGGCGAUGAAGGUCGUCGCCCAAACAGGUGGCACUUUUGAAGAAGAAGAAAAAAGUGUCUGGAAUUUAGUUCGUAAUUCUCGUUGUUUUGGUCGCACAGGGUUACACCAUUCUACGCGGAGCGUUUGAGUGCCCGUUACCCUCUCGUUAGGGUGCUUUGGUCCCUACGCUGCAGGGUUGGCGCAGUGUUGACACUCGUGCCUCACAGCUAGAGGGGAACCUGGGUUCAAUUCCUGACCCCAGGUGCCUUUCUCUGUGGAGUUUGGAUGUUCUCUCCCCCCCCCCCUGUUUUGCGUGGGAUUGCUCCAGAUUCUCGAGUUUCCUCCCAGAGCUAAAAACAUUCAUUGGUGUUGGCCAAACAGCCCAAUGUAGCAGGACCCUCCUAACAAAGACUCUUAGGACUCUGUGUGUCUUUUCCUGAGUGGAUGGAUAAUUGGGUUCUUUUUGUUAAUGGCCAAAGAUCCCAAUGUAGCAGGAACUUACGGGAAAAAAAUAGUAUUUUGACACUCGGUGAGACUUGCCUGGAUAUAUUAGAAGUACAUUUUAUACGAAUCGGGGGCCCUCGCUAUGGCCACGUGGCUUUUCAUUUAUCACGGAGCAAAACAAUCAAGGCCAGUUUGGCCCAAAAUAAUAACCGCUGGCAAACGCUUAUCGGUAACAGACAAUAUCACGGCGAACAGUAAAACACGGCGAAACAGGAGACGAGCCGAAACAAUAUGGUGUGCCGGGCAGCGUAGGCAAUGGAGGUUAAAGUUACAAUGAUCGUGCUGCCAAGUGCCAACUGCCGUGGCGGUGCCAUCCUGAACAUUGGGGCCGAGAGUGGCAGCAGAGGCCACUGUCCGGCGAGGACUGCUCCACCAAACCGAAUGCCUACUCGCCGACGCAACGGUGAGUAGGCAAAACGUGUUCUAUUACAAUUUGUUUUGCCAAUAAGCUGAGAUGGGUUCAAGUCGUCUGGCACUUGGUUGUGGCCAUGAACUUGCGUCGUAUGAAAAAGCUGGACGUAUGCAAGUAUGCUGAUUGUAGCAUAGUCUAUUGCUGUGGCGUGAGGGUUUUAUGUAAAAAAUGUAAAACUUGUUAAUACUGUCGUUGUUUCCCCGACGUGUUUAAUACUGUACUAAAUAUGCUCACUUUUUUACCGUUUUUUAAAGAGGCUUUUGCACCAUUUUGUAAUGCUUAAAAGAUCAUUUCUUUCGUGAUCGCCGUGACGUUUUUCUUCUCUGUGUAAUGCCCCCUAACUCCCAUUUUCUUUCUUCGAAAGUCAAUAA